AGGAAGAAACGAAAGUUAAUGGAUGAUUCUCAUAUCUUUGACGUGUCGCCAAGUACUUAGUGAUCAGUGAUGCGUCGAUUGGCAGUUAGUGCGUGACUUCCGUUGGGGCUGAGAGAGAUCCUCGGUGUUCAGUGCCGAAGCAGCGGCUGUAGUAAGGCCAACCCUGCGAAAUAAGCGCGUCACAAUGAUCUACAUAUUUCACGUUGAUCGAGGAGUGAUGUUGAAAUUCGAAGUCAGCAUUGCGCUCGGAUCUGUCGAAAAUUUGAAGAAGGUCAUCAGCAGCACUAUUAGAAUACCGCCAGAGUUUCAGAUUCUGAUGUUGAGCGGAGGAACUGUUUUGAUGGACAGUGACAAG